UCAAAAAUAUUUUAGGUUAUGUUUACCUUACCUCGACGUCAAAUCAAAAAAUAAUUUGAAAUGAAGUUUAAAUUUAGCGUGAAUCCUUAAAUCGUCCAAAUCUAUUAAUAACAUUUUUUUUAUAUGGUUUUUUAUACGUAUGGCUUAAAAGUGGUUUAAAAUUGUAGUGUUGUAUUUUUGCAAGGUUAUGUUAAAACGUCAAACUUGACAAAUCGUCAUCAAAUUGUAAAGAAAAAUCGAAAUAUUUUCGUUAAUUUCCUUUUAAAGUGUAAAUGAAGUGGAAAACUAAUAAUAAAUUGUGUAAAAUUCUUAGGGAUUUAUACAAUUUAUAACAACGUGCGUCAUUUCCGAGUUGUGUGGGCCACUUAACUGGUACUCAUUCAAUUUGGGAAGAAAAAUCUUGUCUAUUUAACUUUUUAAAAACAUUAUUUAUAAGCUAUAAAGUGUUAUCUAUAUAUAGAGACGCACAGAAGAUAAGAUGAUCCAGCCAAUGCUCGAGAAAGGAUGGCACAUAUCGGAUGAAGGAUACAAAAUAAUAUCAAAUAAUGGCUCUAUAAACGAUUUACGCGUUUUAAUUCAAAACGCUUUAGAUAACGACUUAAAGGACAUCGGCAAACCUUCUUUGCCUUCCGAUUUAAAUAAAUCAACAAUUAAAAACGUAAUUCUGCAAAUACAAAAGAUUAAAAACAUAUCCGCUGCAAAAAGUAAUCAAGAUUCCCAAGUUGCCCCUCGGAUGCUUAAAUUAAUAUUAACCGAUGGUCAAAAAUAUUGUGAGGCAAUCGAAAUCAGCUCAAUACCCUCUUUGAGUUACUCAAACACUCCGUUGGGGACGAAACUUUUAAUUAACUCGGCUACGUUCGAAUUUGGAUAUUUAUUAUUAGAUUCGAGUUGUUGCCAGUUUUUGGGGGGCAAAGUAGCCGCUUUGUAUGAAAAAUGGGAGUUAAAUAAGUCGUUGUUAAAGCAACGAAGUCAACAUAAUGGGGAAGGGCCACCUCCUUGGGUUAAUUUUGGAAAAAGGAUCAUUUCAGCCGCUGAAUUGCAUUCAAUAAAAGCUGAAGAAAAAGAAAAAAAUAAAGAAAUGACCGAAUUUGAUAUGCAAAGAAAAGAUGCAAUUGCCGGGGUAGCAACCGGAGCUACUAAAAAAGUUUUUGGAGGUGGAGUUAAACAACAAAAUUUAGCCCAACAAAAACCGUUUGAGCCUAAAAGGAAUACUCAACCUCGGCAAGAACGUAAAAUUAAUAAAAAAGAAAUCAUCCUUGAAGAAAAGCAACAAAAACCAUCCGAAAAAAUUUCUUUAUUUGAUUUCUUAGAAACUAAAUUACCUCAAACUGAAGAAAAUGAUUUAAUUCAAGCUAAUAACAGUAAUUUUCAUCAAAAACCAUACAAAAAUUAUUCUGGUAAUGAUUUUAAUGCAACAAGACCUAAUCAGAAUCAACGAAAUCGUUAUUCUAAUCAAAAUUCUUCGUAUCAAAACCAAAAUAACCAUUAUAAUAAACGCGAAAAUCAAUUUAAACAGGUUUCGCAACAAAAUUAUUAUAAAGAUAACCAAAAUUAUUUUAAAGAUAAUCAAAAUCAUUACAACCAGAAACCGCAUUUAGAAAAAGGUGACCAAAAAUCCUUCAACACCGAGAAAAAUCCAGAAAAAAUAUUACAAAAAAAUACUGAUUCACUUUCAAAUUCAAUGUCUAAGUUAUCAUUAAACAGUGAGUUUGCAUCGAGAAGCUUAAAACAACAUUUAAAUUUAGAAUCGAACGAAACGAAAUUAACAUCUUGGAAAAUUGGGGAUCAAUGUUUGGCUAAGUAUUGGGAAGAUAAUAAAUUUUACGCUGCCACGAUUACCGCAGUAACCGAUAAAACUUGUGUCGUACAAUUUAACGAUUAUGGAAAUAUUGAGGAAGUUUUACGAGGUGAUUGUACGCAAUUCGGUGCUAAUCGCCAAAAGGAUCAUCAUCAAGGACAAGGCGUGGAAUUUAGAAGGGGCGGAAAUAGACCGUAUAAACCUCAUACUAGAAAUAAUUUUUGAUUGUUGUUUCGAAUAAUUUUUUGAAUGAAGCUGAGUGAUUUAAUUGUAAUAAAUAUUUAUA